CACCCACCAAAUAGCCGCCACGGUUUGCCCCAAUAUCCCCAUUCCAUUUGGAAAACCAUUCGUAUCCUUGAAGAUGGCAAGAUUAACCACUGUAAUUCGUAAAGGUCGCAAAGCCGUUCAAGAUCUAGAACUCCUCAAGCUCUUACGUUCCGAAAUCAACUACGAACAUUCUUCCGAUCUCUUUCAGGAUAAUGAAAUUGGUACAUUUGGUGAUUUUAAAUUGGAAUGGGAUUCAGAACAAUCUCAAGAUGUAUUUUUGCAAAAGAAAUUUGAGUCUGGUGAAGAUAUUGUCAUCUCAGCCAUGUUAGAUCCUAAACUGGUUGAAACAACAGCGGGUAGAUUUGCUAGAAAAGCUUUGUUGAAGGUGUGCAUAACAAAGCCCGGUUUGAGCUCAUCUGUAUUACAGUUUGAUUGUGGAUUGUCGAGUAAUGUUGAUAAUAAUGAAUUGAAGUUUGAUAUUCAUAAUGCGGGUUUUAUUCCAUUAGCAACAAAGCUGAAUCCUUUAACAUACAAAGGCCCCUUAUUCAGUGAUUUGGAUCCAAGUUUACAAGAGGAGUUGAAGAAUUAUCUUUUGGCAAGAGGAAUCAGUCAAAACCUCAAUAGCUUUCUCCUAUUUCAUUUACAUAAGAAAGAACAGGUACAGUAUGUAAAUUGGCUGCGUAAAUUGGAGGCAAUUUUGGCACAAGAUGUCUGAGUUUAUUAAACAUGAGGUUCUUCUUAGAUGUCUGAGGUAUAUUUUGUGGUGGGAUAUAUCGAUUCAAACCCUACUUAGUUUAUACACACAAAUAUUUGGAGAAUUGUGGUUGUCUUCAUUUGAAAUAACCUGUUUUGGUUGUGUUUCCGACUAUAUUAUCUGAUUCGAAACAUGUUGUAUGUGCACUUAGUCUGGCCCUAAU